UUCGAUCCUCCUCCACCACGUCGUAAAAAUGGUGCAGUUGGUAGGAAGGUUGUCGUAUCCACAAACAUCGCCGAAACCUCCCUCACCAUUGAUGGAGUUGUUUUUGUGAUUGAUCCUGGCUUCGCAAAACAGAAGGUAUAUAAUCCUCGAAUUCGCGUCGAAUCGCUUCUUGUCACAGCAAUCAGUAAAGCUUCCGCUCAGCAGCGCGCAGGACGGGCUGGGCGGACACGUCCGGGCAAGUGCUUCCGCCUCUACACGGAGAGAGCCUAUCGUCAAGAGAUGCAAGACAACACUUAUCCCGAGAUCCUCCGUUCUAACUUGGGAACUGUAGUGCUGCAGCUCAAAAAACUAGGCAUCGAUGACCUCGUUCACUUUGAUUUUAUGGAUCCACCUGCUCCAGAAACGCUUAUGCGAGCUCUAGAGUUGCUGAAUUAUCUAGCAGCCCUGGAUGAUGACGGCAACCUCACCGAUCUUGGUAGCAUGAUGGCGGAAUUCCCGCUGGAUCCACAGCUUGCGAAGAUGGUGAUUGCCUCCUGUGAUUACAAUUGCUCCAAUGAGGUUUUAAGCAUUACUGCCAUGCUGUCAGUGCCGCAGUGUUUCGUUCGUCCAGCUGACGCAAAAAAAGCUGCAGACGAAGCCAAAAUGCGAUUCGCCCAUAUUGAUGGUGAUCAUCUAACCCUGCUUAAUGUAUAUCAUGCAUUUAAGCAAAAUCAAGAGGAUCCUCAGUGGUGCUAUGACAAUUUUAUCAACCUUCGAUCGCUCAAGUCUGCCGAUAAUGUACGCGUUCAACUGUCGCGGAUUAUGGACCGAUUCUCUUUGCGGCGUUCAAGUACAGAAUUUACGUCCAGAGACUACUAUCUAAAUAUUCGGAAAGCUCUGGUCUCCGGCUUUUUCAUGCAGGUCGCGCAUUUGGAGCGAACAGGACACUACUUGACGGUAAAGGACAAUCAAGUGGUACAACUGCACCCUUCCACUGUGCUUGAUCACAAACCUGAAUGGGUUCUCUACAACGAAUUCGUUCUCACCACCAAAAAUUAUAUUCGAACAGUUACUGAAGUCAAACCAGAUUGGUUGAUUCGAAUCGCACCACAGUACUACGAUAUGACUAACUUCCCCGAAUGCGAGGCGAAACGCAUUCUUGAACGGUGCGCUCACCGAAUUGCCCAGCGUCAGCAGAAGAAACAACAGCAACAACAACAAGAGGAGGAAAAUAAAUCCGAAGAGGCUCAACACUGA